AUGCAAACUAUGCUGUCGCCCUCUUUUCCAUUCUGGUCAACCUUGGUGGCCGUCAUCUUGUUGCAUACUGCCCCAAUUCAAGCUGUGCCUUCUCCGACUGAUUCAACACUCUAUGCACGCAAUCUUUUACCCGCAUGGGAUCCAAAAUCUAAUCCUUACCCAUCUGUUCGUCGUGAUGACGUAAGUUACACGUAUCAAUCUACCGCAUCAAAGGGUAAUGUAUCAGUUGCAGACCCCUACAACUACCUUGAACCGUCCCCCGCUUCAUCAAAGGAAGUUCAAUCAUUCAUGGAGAAGCAAGCUGCUUACUUCAAAGGUUAUACGCAAAACAUGAAAGAUAUUGAGGCAGUUCGUGCUUCUAUCAAAAGUGCUGGCAACUAUGAUGAACUUCAAUUUCCACAAGCAUUUGGUAGCAAGGAGAAGCCGUUGUAUACGUUCUAUUAUAGAGAGAUUGAUAAGGAAAGCCGUUCAUAUUAUGUCGCUACCCAGGCAGACCUCGAGCAAGCCUACAAAUCCAAGUUCUCACCCAUUCCAGGCAAGAUUGUGCUUGAUGAGGCAUCUUUAGGUAGCGAUAUCUAUACCUACUUUCAAAAUAUUUCUCCUGACGGCAAGAAGUUCUUAUAUCGUACAAUGGUCAAAUCUAGCAAAAAGCCAGGUACGAUUCAUGUACGGGAUAUUUCGGAUAUCUUUACAAGCUCUAAACCUCCAAAGGAUUAUCCUGAGCAAAUUACAGGCAAUUCAGAUACAUCGGAUGGCUGGACUUUAGACAGCAAUGGUUUCUUCUACUUGCAUAACGACCACGAUUAUGCUGACGGGACAGACACGGUCUUAUACCACAAAAUAGGAACGCCCGUUUCGGAUGAUAUCGUUGUCGCCAAAGCAGACAAGGAUGCAUAUGAGUCGUUCAUCUUUCAACUUUCGAAUGACAAAAAGUUCAUCGUCUUAUUCGUUUCCACCUCUUCUGACAAGUCUCGAGUCUAUGCAGCCUCUUUGGAUCAACCAAUCUCUUCAAAUAUGAAAUGGAUCUCAAUUGAGCCAGAAGAAGAUUUACAGUUGGAAUAUGUGACAAAUCUCGGAAAUGAAUUCUACUUUGUCGCGAACUAUGACAAUGAGAGUAAUGAAGUAGUGAAAUAUUUCGUUGAUUCGACAAAGGCAGUUCAAGUUGCUUUGGGCAAAUUGAAGAAAUUGAAAAGUAAAGCAAAAAUUGAGCCAACAGUUAUUCCUGAGGAUAAGUCUGCUCUCAUUGAUCGGUUUACCACAUUCGACACGGAUAAGAUGCUCCUCUGCUAUACUCAAGACGCAAAACGAAACUUCUACAUCUAUGACUUGAAGUCAGGUAAACGCAUUCAACACGUUUUACCAGACUUUGUUGGCAGCUCUAGCGCAAUCACUUCUCUAGCAAGUGGAACGGAUAUGUUUCUAUGGUCGUGGACAUUCAAUACGCCUGAACAGCUGUACCACAUCAAAUGGAAUCAAGAGCAAAACUCAGCAACUUCUGACUUGGUAUUUGAGGCAAAGCUAAAAUCCAUCGAUCUUUCACAGUUCACCGUUGAACUGAAGUAUGCCACCUCAAAAGAUUCCACAAAGAUCCCAUUUCACCUCUUUUAUCGUAAAGGCAUCAAAUUUGAUGGCACAAGGCCAGCAAUGCUCAACUUUUUUGGUGCAUUUCGGGUUAUUUGGCUUCCGUUUUAUGAUGCUUCGUACAUGACAUGGGUGAACGACUACGAUGCAAUCUAUGUUGAGCCAUACCCUCGCGGUGGUGGAGAAGUAAAGGCGGAAUCAUGGCAUCAAGCCGGUAUGCUUGGCAAAAAGCAAAACACUCUCGAUGACGUGAACGCUGUCAUUCAAUAUCUGAUUGACAACAAGAUUGCAGCAAAAGGUAAAAUCGUCAUGUAUGGUCAAUUCGCAGGCUCAACUGCAACAAUGGCUGUCGUAAAUCAAGGUCCAGAAGGAAACAUUGGUGCGGUGAUUUUGGCAGAUGCUCUGUAUGGAUCCUAUGGCGAGUAUGAUCUUUUGCGACUUGAUACUGUUCCUGGCACUUCACGAGAUGUUGCAGAAUACGGUGACCCACAUAAUCCAGACGCAUUCGAUUGGCUGUACAAGAUUUCACCUUUGCAUAACGUGAACAAAACCAAAAUCUACCCUGCUGUUAUGUUCCAACCGGGGAAUGAUACUUUAUCUAAUUGGCAUGGUAGAAAGAUGGUCGCACAACUUCAAUAUGAUUUACCGAACAAUCCAAAACCUUUCUUGUUCAAUUCACCGGAUCAAGCAUUGACAGACGAUGAGAAUGUUGAACAAAGGUACUCAUUCCCAAUCGCUUUUGCUUCUCAUGUUCUUGAAUUACAGCGCAAAAGUCAAUAG